AUUUCAAAGCUGAAUCCCUCAAAUACGGGGUUCAGUGGUUCAAAAUGAGGUCAGAAAAACGCCUCAUCCCAAACUCAUCCCGGCAGUCCCUGCUGGAGAAGAACCAAACGUCGUCCUUGGUGAUCUCUGAGGUAGCACUGGAGGAUUCUGGGUUGUAUUACUGCGAAGUGAAUGUUCUGCACAGAGAUCCAGAGAGAGGGGGCGGCACUCGGCUCAUAGUCUUGGCCCCACCCUCUGCCCCCAGAAUAUUCCUCCAGACUCCAUCGAACCCGCAGAUCGGUCGGUGGGCUCUCCUCUGUCUCACAGGAGGCUUCCACCCGAGCCAGCUCACCCUCACCUGGACCUACCAGAGCGAGGUCAAUAUCGAUCACCUGCCAGUCAGCAACUGCACCCUUUCUUCUAUUAACCCUCACAGUAACCUCUCCGAAGCCCCAGCCCCAGGAGCCCUGUCUUCUGAUUGGUUGGAGGACUCCGUGCCUGAGCAUCGCCCCAAAUGCUUCCAGGUGAUGGACAACUCCAGCCGGGAAGUUUACCUCGUCAGUGUGUUCUCCCUCCCACUGAAACAAUCGUUAGACGCGGGGAUCACGUUUACCUGCCGGGUGCAGGAUCACCCUGCAAUGACCGCUGCUCUGACCGCCUCCUUCACCUGGGAUGCUUCCCCUAAUGAGCUGAUCUUAUAUUUGAAUAUUCUCAAGUUGUGUGUCCUCUCUGGGAUGACUGCAGUGUUUUUAUUGGAAGCAAUCAAGCAUUUCUGCAGGCAGAGAAAGAAAUUGCUUCCUUGAAAUAAAGCACGGCAUAGGACAGAAAACAAAAAGGAGGACUGCCCUGCUUUCUGUGGCUCAUCCCAGCAGGCCAACCUUUGACAAACAACAUCACACGAAUCCAGAUCCUGAGUCACCACAGAAAAACGAGAAUUAAUCCUGACUCACUCGUUAACGCAGAGUGAGACUAUCAGUAAACGGUGUCGUGUGUGUGUGUGUGUGUGUGUCUGUACAGCCCCCCUGUCUCAUAUUUGAACGUUCCCCUCCUGCUGUGUGUUCUGCUUAGCUUUCACAUUUUGCAUAUCCUCUAAACAGCAAUGCAGCGCCGAUGCCUCUCUGUACAUUGAGGCUGUUUAUCUUUGUAACUCUUUAUCACUGCGGCGUGCUGACUAGAACGUUUUCGGGAUUCGCCCAUUGUGUCGGCGGCUGGUUGCCGCUCGCGCAUCCUAGUCAUUCAGUCGGGUCUGCAUGUCAAAGUGAAUGUUGCAUGCAUGAUCCACCUGUCAAACAGAUACAGUAAUCAGCUCAACCUCCACGGAAGCCUAAUCCUCAGAUAACGGGAUUAGAGUCGAUGCCGGCGCUUCCUUGUGUGAUAGCAUUGUUUAUGUUUGCCGUGUGUGGGGUGUGUUGUUGAUUCACGUGUUGGAGAAAGUUCAUCGUAAAUAUAGACCUGCCCACACUGCCAACAGAAACAAAAUGCAGCCAGCAAUAAUGACCAUUCAAUUUGG